AUGCAUCAAUCACCGACAAGUAUCAAGAAUUCAGGAUCAACCAUAGUAUCCUCCGCCGCCACCUCGUCGUCCACAUCUUCGUCAUACAUAAAAUCAUCGUUGACUGAUACGCAUGCUGCUCAAGCUGUAUCUAUACAACAACAACAACAACAACAACAACUGCUGCUGCUGCUGGUUGAACCGCAACUGCAAAGGUUAAGCAAGACUCGAUUGCAACAAUUACAAUCGAUUUCAGCUUCUUCGCAAACUACCUCAUAUCACCAUCACUAUUACCACCAUUCGAACUUAAAGAGCAACGGGAACGGGAACGGAAACGGAAACGGAAACGGUGUUGAAAAGCUGCUGCACCAUUAUCAACACCCGACAAAUGUAAAUGAAAUUUUAUUUCAACUGAAUAGCCAAUCCUCAGCUAUUGAGCAUCACCAUCAUUACCACCACCAUCAUCAUCAUCAUUCACCUUCUUCGCCAUAUUCCUUUUUCCCAACAUCAUCCAGCUUGAGGGAUAUCCUUUCCCUUGUGUUUGUCAUGCUUGCACUACCACAAUCAUGCUCUUUGGUUUUCUGCAUAUUGUACUUGAUGCUAGGCUCGGAUUUCAUGGAUGGGAAAUUCUUGAUUAAUUUCUUAUUACCUCCUGAACAUAAAUCUGUUUAUAAAGGAUUCAAGACUUUAUCAAUUUCAGUAUUGAAAUUCACAAUCAUUGAUUCAGUAAUCUUUUUAACAUUGACCAAAAUCAUCAAGAAGAAGAAUUAUUUCAAUUACUUCAUUUUCUUAUCAAAAUCAAUAGUAUCGAGCGAGUUGAUCGGUUCAUCUUCAAUCAAUUAUAUUACGUCCAUUUCAAGCAAGAAAAUUAUGACUAAAGUCCAAUAUAAUGAUAAAAGUAAGUUGUUUUUUAAUAAUAAUCUUGUUAAUGCCUUUUUUUGCUUUAUUAUUAUCAACUACGUCAAUUAUUUGUUAAACUGGUUUCACUUUACAUCUGUCAAUCUGGAUUCCACACCUCAUACUCAUCCCCAUCAUAUAACGUUUUUCCAAAUCAUCCAGGAUAAGAUACUACCAGCCAAUAUAGCAUAUAUCAAUACGUUCAAUUUCAAUGACUUAAAGAUACAGGUUUAUUUAUUUUUAUCGAUACAUAUCAUUUAUCGAGCUAUGUUUAGUAGGAAGUCAACUAUAAUGCAAAAUUCAAUACCCAAUAUUGCAGGUGAAGAAGUUACAGUGAAUGCCGAUCUGAAUAGAUUGUUAGAUAUUGAAAUCAAUAUAGACCCAAAAAAUAGUUCUAUUACAAAUUUUCAAAGCAAUCGGAACUCAAUAGCGUUUAAGAAUUUUGAGAACUUCAUAGUUUCGCCGUUUCAAAGUAAACUUACAAAACUAAAAAACAGAAUGAGAGCAUCUUCAGUGUCGAAACCAAUUAUUGCUUCGAAAAGCACUCCAAGUAACGUUUCUGCUGCUACUACUACUGUUGCAUCGGCGACGGCGGCUACAACAGCUACAGCAGCAGCUACAGCAGCAGCAGCAAAUACUACUACAACUACAACUACUACAACUACAUCAUCAACAUCAUCUGCUACUUCAAGGUCUUUAACAACUACCACAAUCUCCCCCAAUGUCACCAUCAUUGAAAACACAAUUGUUGUACAGCCAUUUUGGUCCAUCAUUGCUGCUUGUAAAGCCAUGUUGAAGAAGUCUUAUUUGUUUAAUGGAGAGCCAACAAAGAAGAAAAGAAAUCAAGUAAAAGCACGUCCAAUUGUGCAAAAAGAACUCACACCCAUGGCUGUAGUUGCAAUUGACUCAAAUAAAGUGGUUUUCAAAAAUCUAACCCUGAAAAUAGUUUUCGAGAAUCUUUCCAUAAAAUUGAACAAUAUCAACUGGUCAUAUUUCAAGCAUUUCACACAUGAAGGUAGUUUCUUCAUUGUUAUUUAUGGAUUAACACCACUUUUCCAAUAUGAAGUAGAAAUUUUCAACAAUGACGAACUUGUCGACAAUUUUCUCGUUAAUACAACAAAUGGAGAAGACGAGAUAAGCAAUCAGUCGUUAACAGAAACUUCCUCGUUGAUUACAUUACAAACAUCGCUUGGUUCUACAAUGGCCAAAAUUGACAGUGUAAAACAAAAGUUAAAAAAGUACAAGAAGGAUGAAAACAAAAAAAUUGGCGAUUUGAAAAACUCAAUCGAUUUACUAAAGAGCAAAAUCUCAAAAUAUAACAAUGCUAAACCGGUGAAUGAAAAUCGUGUAUGUGGGAAAAUUAAAGGGUUGAAGCACUCAGUUAUACAAUUGGAGAACGAAAUAGAAUGCAUCAAAAAUGAAAUAGCCCAAGUUCAACAAGAAGAGAAUCAGCUUCAAGAACAAUUUACUAUUCAACAAAACUCCCAAAAUAAAGAAAUUCAGUCAUUGGAAAAAGAAUAUUUUGAUCAUGAGUCAAAGCUUAAAGAUCUCAAGACUCAAUUUUCUAAAACAAAACAAGAGUUAAACCAAUGCUCCUUAAAACUUCAGAAGCUUCUCAUGAAACAAACUUCAAAACAAGAAGAACUUAAACUUAUUCAACAAGAAUUCAAAUAUUUGAAAAAGAAUGAAAUUUUGAACAAGUUUACAAGAAGGAUUAAACGGACAGCUGAAAAAUUCGAAACUAUUUUGCCCAAUAUUAUCCAAGAAACAGAACUUUUGAAAAUUGAAUGUAGUGAAUUGUUAGUCAAUUGCAAUGGUAACAAUAAUAGUGAUGAUGAUGAAGAAGAUGAUGAUUAUGUACAUGUAUAA